AUGAAUAUGUCUGGCCGGUUCAAGCUGAGUAACUCAAGCUCACAGGCUCCUCGAAGGUCCGCUCGCCAUAAGACCAGCGAAGGGACAACACCAGCCCCAGAAUUCGAGGCCGAAGGGAACGCAGCAACUCACAGCGUUGGCACUUCCUCUGAGCCUUCACAGCUGGAAGAAAAAGAAGACAUAACAUGGGAAGCCGGUGCUCCAAAACUCGAGGAUAACCCUCAUAAGCAAAGGCCCAAAAGAGCAUCCAAGCGCCCUCAAACCUCAAGGUGUCAUAUAGACGACCCUCUGGAUUUUAUUACGAAGGCAACAACAAAAGCAGACCUUGACAAGUGGAAAGGGUGGUGCGAGGUUGAAUCGGAGCCUGCCUUCUUCAAUGUAAUUCUUCGGCACCUCGGGGUGACUGGUAUCAAGGUCCAGGAAGUAUUUAGUUUGGACGAUGAGAUGCUAAGUUUCCUGCCGAAGCCAAUUCAUGGACUGAUUUUCCUUUUUCGGUUCGAGGAGGAUGACCCAGCGAUGCAGGAGGCAACUUGCCCGGACAAUAUCUGGUUCGCAAAUCAGACUAUAAGCAACGCAUGCGCGACUAUCGCCCUGCUUAACAUAGCAAUGAAUACCCGGGGAGUUGACCUUGGACCAACCUUGAAUGCAUUGAAGGAUUUCUCAAUGCCAUUAACUCCUGCACUUCGCGGAUACACUGUCGGCAAUCACGACCAUCUUCGGAAAAUUCAUAAUUCAUUCUCACGGAAGAUGGACAUGCUCAAUUCCGACUUAUUCCUUUCAAAUGAUUUUACAUCGAAGGCCAAGUUACCAGGGAAAACGGGAAAAAAUAUCGAACAAGAGCAGGCUGGUUUUCACUUUAUUUCACUUGUCCCAAUAGAUGGCAAACUAUGGAAGCUAGACGGGCUAGAGAGGCAACCCAUGAACCUUGGAGAAUACGUUGGUGACGAUUGGAUGGGUCUCGCCCGGUCUAUUAUUGAAAAACGUAUGCAGAAGUACGACGGAGAUCAAUUUGAGUUCAGUCUUCUUGCACUAUGCCAAAGCCCUCUACUCGCCGUUCACAACGAUCUCGCGGAAAAUAUCCGCACAACAUCCGCUGUCGAGGAACGGCUUGCGAAUUUUCAACCGGACUGGCGAAGUUUCGUCGACAGCCAGUGUUUGGAAAAAACCCUCACGGGGCCAAAUGGCUCCUAUAGUAUCACCGCGCAACAUUUGGAGUCCGUGCCAGCCUCUGCUCCUAUUCUACAGGAUAUUCAAACCUCAACUAUCACGACGGAGCGCCUUCUUGACCUCUGGAAACAGCUUUCUUAUUCACAGGCGCAAAUGAGAGCUUCAUACAUUGAAGAGGAAACAGCCAUUCAGCAGGACGAAGAAAGAGCAGCAACUCGGUGCCACGACUACACUCCCAUGGUUAAUACUUGGCUGGCUGCACUCGCUAAUAAGAAUGUGCUCAAAUCCCUAAUAAAUGAGGCAUCACAUAGUUACGACCAUGAAUAA